UCCGGGGCCGGCAACACGCACCGCCUUCAGAGGUGGUCGGGCGCCGCGGCGUCGCGGUUGCAUGGCCCGGGGGUUGGGGGCGCGGGCGCGGGGAGGAAGGGCACCGUUCUAACCAGCUGCCCCCUUCUCCUGGGCAAGCGCUGGCGUUCCCCGAGCUGGCCGGAGGGAGGGCGCGCCUCGAACUCUCCAGCCCGGCCAGUCCCAUUGCGCUCGAUCGUCCGCGCGGAGGUUGGGGCGGACCUGCGGGGGUCGCAGCCCGGCGUGAGGAGGAGGAGGAAGAAGGGGAUGAUCAGACCCUGAGUGGUUUCGCUUCAGCCUGUACACGUGAGACUUGGGUCUGGGGGGACCAGAGUUACUGACUGUUCUUCCCGCGCCCUGAUUUGGAGAACUCCCUGCUCACCGGAGGCAGGGGUGGGGGCGAGAGGACAGACAAGCUCAUCGGAGACCAAAGGGCAGCCCCAGGGUGGGGUGAAGCUUCUGGUCUUUACUCCUGACCCCCACCCCAUCGCCGGCCGAGGGCUGCAGGAUGAACUGCCGCUCAGAGGUGCUGGAAGUGUCGGUGGAGGGGCGGCAGGUGGAGGAGGCCAUGCUGGCGGUGCUGCACACGGUGCUCCUGCACCGCAGCACGGGCAAGUUCCACUACAAAAAGGAGGGCACCUACUCCAUCGGCACGGUGGGCACCCAGGAUGUCGACUGCGACUUCAUCGAUUUCACCUACGUGCGCGUCUCCUCGGAGGAGCUGGACCGUGCCCUGCGCAAGGUUGUCGGGGAAUUCAAGGAUGCAUUGCGCAACUCAGGUGGCGAUGGGCUGGGGCAGAUGUCCUUGGAGUUCUACCAGAAGAAGAAGUCUCGCUGGCCAUUCUCAGACGAGUGCAUCCCUUGGGAAGUGUGGACGGUCAAGGUGCAUGUAGUCGCCCUGGCCACAGAGCAGGAGCGGCAGAUCUGCCGGGAGAAGGUGGGGGAGAAGCUCUGUGAGAAGAUCAUCAACAUCGUGGAGGUGAUGAAUCGGCACGAGUACCUGCCCAAGAUGCCCACGCAGUCAGAGGUGGACAACGUGUUCGACACAGGCCUGCGGGAUGUGCAGCCCUACCUCUACAAGAUCUCUUUCCAGAUCACCGACGCCCUGGGCACCUCCGUCACCACCACCGUGCGCAGGCUCAUCAAAGACACCCUGGCCCUCUAGGUCUUGCUGGGCACCUUGGGUGCUCCCUGAUGGCCCGCAGACCUUGGUUCCUGGGAAUUGUACUGUUGGGCCCGUGGGGCUCCGGAACCUGAUCCAGUUCCUUGAUAACACUUGGAAGGGCCAUCCCCUGGCUUCUUUGGUUUGGGGUUGCUAGUUUCUGGUCAGCCUCAUGACCCUCGCUGACAGUUAAGUCACGCCCACACUGUCUCACCACCCCUCUGGUGGGUCCCCCUUCCUUCUCCACUGCACAGAAGCUCCAUCGUUAGGAUGGCGAAUAAAAUUGAGAAUGUGAGCUUGGAUCGA